GAGAGAUAUCUGUAUAAUCCUGUGUUGGCAGCACCAAAUUAUUUAUGAAUCCAUAUUGAGGCGUGAUUAUAAAUAGGCUAGGGGUAUUACUAGUUGAUCACACAGCAAUACAUAUGAGCAAUUCAUCGAAAGCGGAGAAGAUGAGGUGGGUGGUACUGGUGGUUAUGGCCCUCGCCCUGCUAGUUGGGCGAGCGAUGGCGGCGAUACGGUGCGGCGAGGCCGUAUCGAAGGUGCUGCCGUGCCAAGGUUUCCUGGUGAGCGGGGUGACGGCGCCGAGCGCGGCGUGCUGCGGCGCGGUGCAGUCACUGGAGAAGAUGGAGAGGGCGUCGAGCGGCGAUCGGCAGGCGAUAUGCAAGUGCUUCAAGGGACUUUAUAGGGCUUUCCCUGUUAACAUCACUAAAGCUCAGCUAAUUCCUCAACUCUGCAAUGUUACCAUCGCCAUUGCUGUAACUCCCGAUAUUGACUGCGACAGGAUAUGAAGUGCAUGCAUGUUUUCGAGCUCUAAGAUCUUCUUCAAUUAAUAAAACCAAUAAAUGUUCGUCUGUGCGUACUUCAGAUUUUGUCCAUGACUCAAACAAAGUGUAGACUCAACUUGUGUUUA